AUGAUAUUCAGUUCAUGGAAUGUUAGGGGGUUAAGGGGAGAUGGAAAGUUGAAGAUGGUGAAGGACCUAAAGAAUAAACAUAGGUUACAAAUGUUAGGGUUGAUUGAAACUAAAAGGCAGAUAGUGACGAGAUUUGACAUUGCAAGAAUAUGGGGACAAGAUAGUACAGGAUGGGAAUAUGUAGGUUCUGAUGGUGCAUCUGGUGGACUGUUGCUAAUGUGGGAUGAGGUGGUGUUUAAGCUAAAUAAUUGCUACAAGGGAGAGAGGUGGUUGUGUGUUGAAGGAGUAAUAUUAAAAAAUAGUUUCAACUGUGCGUUUAUCUUGGUAUAUGGUGCACAUGAUAGAGAUGAGAAGAUUCAUGUGUGGGAGGAGUUGAGCUAUAUUGCGGGGUUAUGUCAAGUUCCUUGCUAUUUUAUGGGAGACUUUAAUGAAAUAGUUCAUGUAGAGGAACGGAGAGGUACUACUGGGUUAUCACCGUCUGCGGAAAAGUUUAAGUUUUGGAUACAGGACAUGAACUUAGUGGAUUUGCCACUCACUGACCGGAAGUUUACAUGGUUUUGCGGCCUUUCUUGUAGUUGCAUAGAUAGAGCUUUCGUUAGUUUGGAAUGGCUAGAAGAGUUUCCAGAGGCACAUCUGCAAGGUGGACCAAGGGGUUUGUCUGAUCAUUGCUCUAUAAUAGUGGAGGGUAGGAAGCUGAGAGGAGGUCCGAGGCCAUUCCAGAGCCUUGAUUCGUGGUUUACGCAUGAGGGUUUUCUCAGGAUGGUUAAGGAGGAAUGGAGAUGUUUGGGGGAGUUACAGUUCACAAAUAAAUUGAAGGCUCUGACAGGCCCGUUGGGCAGAUGGCAUAAGGCCAAUUUUGGUGACAGAGAUAAGAAGAUUAUAAAGUUUGAGGAAGAGAUCAAGAGGAUUGAUGAUAUGGUUAGCAAUGGAGUGUAUGAUGGAACGCUGGAGGCUAGAAGAAAGGCGUUGGUUAAGUGA